AUGUAUGUGAUCUCGUUGAUCGUCACAGUUCUCCUACAACUAAUAUCAAUAUCGGGUAAAAAAAAGUCUUCUCAAUAAAUCAAAUUCCAUUCGACAUAUUUUCAGCCGACCAACAAUGUCAGCCAGUGUUUGUCCGAUGGCCCAGAGUGAAGCUGAAUCUGCCGCCCAAAGUGAAAGGGCCGUAUUCGCUGCGGACCUGUCGCACCGCCUGCUCUCACGACGAGAAUCCCACGCAUGUGGGUGCUGAACAGCAAUGCUCGGCCUUCAAUCAUCGUGUCGGACCAACCGACUACCACAACGAAUGCCAUGUUUACGAAGCGUCGGCGGUGAAACGAACCGACGGACUGAUCGAAGCCGACGACCGGUUCUCGUUCUAUUGGAAGUACUGCUUGAAUAGUAAGUUGGUCAUCAGAAAUUACUUUGUUUUUUGAUUCAAAUUGUCCUGUUUGAACCAAACUUUUUUAGCCAAUCGAAGCUGUGCCGGCGACUAUGGCUUCACAUUCUUAUCGGAUCGCUACAUUUCUCAAGAAUAUGUGAGCUUGGUCAAGAAGGUGGGCUCUCUGGAAGACUGUCUGGCCGACUGUUUGAAUCAAGGAGAAUUCAUGUGCCGAAGUUUGGCAUACAAUCGGACAAGCCAUAGUAAGUACAAUUCAUUUCAAAGUGAUACACAAGCCUAUGAAAUUUGCAAGAAAUUUGCAACUGUGGUGUCGGCGUUUAGUUGAAGGAUGUAAAACUUUUACAGAUUGAAAGAGGAGGUUUCAAAGCCUACACCAAAAAACCAGUUUUUGUUAUUGUCCAGUAAUUGCACUUUACACUGAAGAUUUUAAGUUUUGGAUGUUUCAAAAUGAUAGAUUUGCUAUUUUUUGUUAAAAACUUGCGACUAUGUACCCCAUAGUGCCUGAAAUUACUAGUAUGACUGUAUAAGACUCUAUUACAACUGUCAUGACAUUGCCGAGCUCUAAAUGCCCAAACCUUUUUUGCAAUAUUCCUGAGGGCAGCCUAUCAGUCUGUUGGGAAAAUAAUGAGCAUUCUGUAGCAUAAAAAACCUCAUCGCUGCCGGGCAAAUGAAUUGUGUCGCGGAAAAAAAUCAAGUUACUCUUUCGCUACAGCGACGCGAUCUGUGCAAUAACAAUUGCGCUCAUUAUUUCCCCGACAGACUGAUACAAUGAGGAACCUGAUCCGGUGGCAAAAAACGUACCAUUUUGCAUCCAGGAAGUAUGAAAAAAUGUGGCAAAAUACCUCCCUCUCCAAGCGAAAAAACUCAGAUUUCAAAAGCGCGCCCGUUCUUUUUGUGAGGAAAAACGGCGCGCCCUUCAAAAAAAAGUCUUUUCAGUUGGAGAGGGAAGCAUUUUGCCAUAUUUUUGAUACUUUCCCGGAUGCAAAAUGGUACGUUUUUUGCCACUGGGUCAGGCCCGCCACUGUAGAUUAAUGGAGCGCUCCAAUACAAGCUUAAAUGUACAAUGUUUCAGCCUGUUUCAUCUCCCAGCACAAUCAGCUGAGCAAGCCGUCCAUGGUGAAGAUCAAUAACAAUCCCAACUACCGGAUUGAUUAUUAUGAAAAUAGUUGCUUUAACAGUAAGUUCAAAGUCAUUUUUAUUACCUCAUCCUUGUAUUAUUACCCUAAAAAUCCAAAUUUCCUCCGUUUUUUCUCUCCCCAAUUUCCCAUGUUUUCAGCCUCCGACACCUUCUCCUUCUCCUACACCUGCGAAGAAGAGGGUAUUCGAGUCAAAGUUGAGUCCAAAUUCCCCUAUACUGGAGCGCUCUACGGUCUCUACGACUUUUUCACUUGCCGUGUUGAGCCGAAAGAAGAGAAGAAUUUCGAUCUUCUCUUCCCAUACCCGAAUAAGGCGAGAAACUGCAGUGACAGCAUUCGCUACAAAGGAGAUGAGAUGAUUUUGGAAGUGGUCUUGUCGACCGACGGUGUGGAGCCGCUUUACUUUAUAACGUCGGACGAUUUGACGUAUCAGGCGAGAUGUCCGAUUGAUUCGAAGAAGAGGUGAGUGGAUUUUUUUGCAGGGUGUUGUACUAAACAUUAUAAAAAAUUUUGGCAUAUAUCUUUGUUCUCCUCGCUGCUAUUCAAGAAAUUUAAGUGGUGUUUACAAUUUGAAGUCAUAUGGUUUUAGAAUAUGCAAAAGAUUUUUUUCUCGCCUCGGCGGAGAGAUUUUUUUCGGUGGAGACAUUUGAUGUCUUUUUUUGAAAAUUACACUUUGUGACAAAGCCCAGACUUCUUUAGUAUGGAUGAAACUAGGUUCGUCACAGAGAUGUAUCACAUAUUUAGUGCUAUAUAAGUCCGUCGGAAAAAUAGUGUGAGUUCCUGACAUCGCCGAUUAUCGCUUUGCGACUGGUAAUUUGGUGCGCGGCAGCACACGGCAACCCAGGGAGUCUCCCGACUCCUUUCGGCCCUUCGCCCACCUAGUAUCGGUUGAAUUCAAACGAAAUGUCAAAAAUGAAUUUUUCGUGUGGUUUUCCGACCGAAAAAUAUUUUUCUCGGAAUUAUUUUGUUUAUUUGAUGAAUUUUGACACUUCGUUGGGACGAAAUUCAAAAGUGGGCGGGAGACAUUUUUGUUCUAUUUUGGGUUGCCGUGCAGUACCCUGUUUUCGAAGUCCGGACCUUUUGAGCCGCUGUAAUUUUACCGAUAGACUUAUAGUGUGUCUGCAAAGUGGCUGAAGUGAUUUCGGCGACAUGCAAUAUGCGAAAAAUGUCAGGGUGAGAGCGACAGCCGAAAAAAGCCUGUUGCACAGUGCAAAUGAACUUUAGUUUUCGCACAGUGCUUGUCGCAAAAAUCACUCUAGCGACUUGACGGACUGGUAUUCACAAAGCUUUUGGCAAAAAUUCAAAUUCGUUGGUCACUCAUGAAAGACUUUCCUCGGAUUUUUGCCGAAUUCUCCCUCAAAUUUACGGUUUUUAAUUCUUCUUCUGUUGCCCCUUGGUUCUAACCUCACUUCGACUGUUUUGACGCCGCAACUGACUAACAUUUUUGCAGCACGACCACAACGGCGGCCAGUAAUGUCAACGACAGCGUGCACUCGAUGCUCAGCGCUCUGGCCGAUGCGGAGCGGCAAGGGACAUUUUUGGCAAAGUCUCAGAAAGUUCGAGUCUCAAGCUCGAAGGAGAGAACUCACGGUCUGGAGGCUUUCAAUCCGGCUAACGAGGAGCUGACAAGUCGUUUCGAAAGCACAACCAAGGACGUUUUUCCGUUGCCGUUGCUGACCGUUGAGCCUUCGAAGAAGCCGAUGGAAAUAGUGACUUAUACUGAAGCGCCGAGCAGCACAACUGUCACAACACCAACAACAACAACAACGACGAGUACUUCAACGAGGACUUCAACAACUACUACGACGACUACAACUACAUCUACGACCACUCCCACGACCACAACUUUAGCUCAAUUGUCAUCAAUUGAAGUGGUGACAAUUCAAGCAAAUUCGCUGCAAGAUGUCAGCGAGUUGAGGGAUAAUCGCGUGACCAAGUCGAUGGAGAAAAUCGAACCGAAAGAAUUCGAUGGCAAACAGGACUUUAAGUAAUAAUUUUUUUUUAUUUUUUUAUUUUUAUUUUUUAGUUUUUUGAUAUUUUUUUAAAAUUUUCAUUUUUUUCCGAUGUAAAAACCGAUUUUUAUUAGUAUUUAUUUUUCAUAAAGUGCAUGGACAUCUUCUCUCUUCCGCACAGUGCAUCUUUCUUUUUUCCCACGCUUGUCGCCAACGCACAGUGCAUUUUUUCCUUUUCGCACCGUGCAAACCUCAAAAAAGCCGUUUGCACUGUGCAAAGUUCUGGAUGAAGAAUUUGCACAGUGCAGCGACUGAAUUGAAAACUCCUUAUGUCGCAGCGAUUCGGGGAGUUUCGGAAUGUCGCCGGACUGAAAUCGGACUGAAAUCGCACUGUGCGAAAACAAAAUUUUUCAUUGGACUGUGCAAUUUGUCGCUUUUUGCACCGUAAAAGAAGCUUUUUUUCGGCUGUCGCUCGCACCUUGAGUUUUUCGCACAGUGCAAACGCCCAAAAUUGGUCCGGCGACUUUCCAAAAGAACAUUUCGCCGCACGGUGCAAACACAAAAAAAAAGAAGUGGAAUGCACGGUGCAGAAAUGGGAGUUUUUUGUGCACGGUGCGGGUCGCAAAAAUGUCCAUGCACUUUAUGAAAAAGCUAAAAAAAACUUAUAGGCACUGCGGCCUUGAAAAUCACGGUCUUUAGGCCCUUUUUUAUCAGUCUGUGGGAAAAAUAACGGCGGAUCGUCGCAGCAAGAUGUCUCGCCUCGCCGCUAUCGCGCACCAAAUCCCAAGUCGCGGCUUGCAGUCGCAAAGCGAUGAUGAGCGACUCCGAGGCGCGACGAUCGCCGUUUUUUUCCCGACAGACCGAUAGUCACUUUUAUUUGAUUUUUUAUAAAUCUUCCGGAAAAAUAAAAAGAAAUUUAUUUUUUUCCUGUAAAAAUUACUUUAUUUACCCUCGCUAUCCUCGCCAUAACUCACAAUUCUUCAGGUUCUCCACCCACAUCACAUUCCCAGCCAGUAGCAAGAUCUCUAUCAGCACUGGGAGCUCCAAAGAACAAACCACAGCCUACAGUACUACCACAUCUACAACAACAGCCAAGCCUACGACUUCGGUGAAGACAACCACCUCUUCGCCGGCCACUACCACUUCGACAACCACCGCGGCAUCCUCUACAACAUCGACGACUACAACCGCCUCGCCUGCGGUGUUGUCGACAUCAACGGCGGCGCUGAAAACACAGCCCGCGCCGCCUAGCCCAACGGAGAAGGCGACCACUGAUGAGACGGUGUAAGUUUGUUUUUUUCAAGCGAUUGGCUUUGCAGAGUUGCUUUUUUUCUACUUGGGAGCAGUUGUUUCACUACUAGGCCUCUCAUAAAGUCGCUGGAGUGAUUUUUGCGACAAGAACUGUGCGAAAACAAAAGCUUUAUUUGCAUUGUGCAAUUUUUUGCUUUUUGCCCGGUGCAAAUGACUUUUUUGGGCUCUCACUCGCACCCUGACUUUUCUUGCACAGUGAAAACGCCAGAAAUAAUUCCUAUGACUUUUCUGAUGAACCGUUAGCAUUUUUAGAAUUUUCAUAAAGUGCAUGGUGUCGAAAGGCCCGACAACACAGUAACGAGACGAGACGCUCAAGAGUCAACUGAUUUAUUCAGUGGAAAGUUGGCCUUUUAUAGGGAAGCCCCACGUGGGAAAGUACAAUCAAAUUUGAAUAAAUGUAGAUCGUUCCUCGUGGGAAAAUCCUCGAAGCUCGGUCGUUCCGCCUCACACAUGGACAUUUGUCGCUCUACACACCGCGCACCAAAAAAAACCAUUUAUGCACUGUGAAUUUCACUUUUCUUUUAGUUUUUCACUUUGCAUUUGAAAUAUCGCUGCAACGUAAACUUUUUUCAACUACUUACAGCCUAAAAAAAUUUUAAGUAGAAAAAGAAAUUUUUUUCGAAAAAACAACAAGUUUACAAAAAAUUUCACAGUAGUAGCGAACGUAUAAUAUUUUAAAAACCCCGUGUUUCAGCGUCGGUCCUCCCGGCUCAAACCGACCGAAGAAAGCGGAAGAAGCAGUGGCCUUUGACAUUUACAACAACGGUCAUCCAGUUGAUGCGGUCGUUUCGGGCAGUCGAAUCACCUUGUCGUUUACGCCGUAUUACGCUAUUCCUCGUAAGUUUUGACAGAAAAAAAGUUGUACUGUGGUAUCUUCAAAAUUCAAACUAUGAUUGCUAAACAGGACAAACAAACUAUCAAAAACAUUGAAAUAAAAAUUAAGAAAAAUCGUCGUUUUUUCAGCCGCCUACAUGACGGUGACUGGAUGCCAAGUGGAGUCGAUUGAGCCACUGAAUGAAUGGGAAAAGGAGCCGUUCCCGAUUCUCAAGGACGGCUGCCAAGCGGAUCAUUUCAAUCUGGUCUGCCCUCCAGUGCAUACCGACUACGGCGUGAGAGUUACGAUGGAAUCUUUCCGACUGCAGACCACUGCGCAAGUGCAAUACACCUGUUUGGUCAGGAUUUGCCCGUUCGCCGCUUGUCCGCAGGUGAGAAAUGACACAUUUUGGCACAUUUUUUCAUGUGUUUUUGUCGACAUUGGAGGUCGUAAACGAUGGAGAAUACCAAGAUUGAGGCCUCGGUUUGUCUAAAACUUAUUUUUAGGCCCAAAUUUAGAAGAAAAAGAUCUCAAAUACGGCGCUUAUCGCUGGAUUUUUUAAAUUUUUUUAUGGAUAUUGACCGUAUAUUAAUUCCCAAAAAUUUUGGCAUGCGCGUGUAUGUGUUUUGUUUACGUUUACAGAGAAAAUUGUUGGGAAAUCAGGGGAUAUGCGGUUGAAACUUUAAUAGGAUUUUAGUAAGUCUUGAGCCGGGCGCGAUGUUGUGGUUAAAUGAAUAAAAAUAGCAGAGGUUUUAUGGAUUUCCUAAUGAACGUGAGAGUGUUAGAAAGUUCUGGAGAUGUCAGUUCAGUUUGUCGGGAAAAUAAUGAGCACCCGGUCGCAUUAACGAUCGCGUUGCCGCCGAAAAAAUAAAAUUAUCAGAUUGCUUUACUUCAGCGAAGCGAUUUGCUCAGAGACAUUGACCUCAUUAUUUUCCCGACAGACUGAUACGAACUAGAGAGCGUAUGCAAAAUAUCGACAUCACAGAUCUUUUAUCAGUCUGUCGGAGAAUUAAUGAGCACUAUGUCUCGUCGAAAAUUGCAUCGCCGCCGAGAAGGUGAAUUGUGUCGUGGCAAAAUCAAAUUGGCUUUCACUCUUCUGCGAAGCGAUCGGCAGGGGCAUUGUGCUCAUUAUUUUCCCGACAGACUGAUAUCGCAUAUGUCUCGGAAUAAAUUAGACAAAAAAUUUGCCAAUCUCCAUCAAAACCUGAGGGUCGCAGUUUGAAUCCGGCUCCGGCAAGCUUUCUUUAACUUUUAUCCACAGUAUUAUAGCUCUUCCUAUCAGUCUGUCGGGAAAGUAACGGCGGAUCAUCGCAGCAAAAUGUUUUGCCUUGUCGAAAAAAGUUGUCGAAAAAGCAACCCAAUUUUUUCGCAAAUCCCAGCCGCGGCUAGCCGUCGCAAAGCGAUAACGGGCGAUUCCAAGGCGCUUUCCAAUUCCAAGGCUCACCUUGAAUAGGCACUAUUUAUAUCUUUGGAUAGGUCUUUUUUUCACGCUAUCUGGAAGCCAACUUUUUACUCUUUUUCAUUUUUGGGCUAGCUAGUUAUCAGCCGAGGCGCGCAGCCCUGUUGGAAUUUUUAGCGAAAAUCGGGAUAGAUCGACAGCGGCAAAAAACCUCUGGAUGCUAUGGGAUGGAUAGAAACAGAUAAAAUGUAUACCAAACUUUCCGUCGUUUUAUAUACUCAUAUUCACGACGAGCCCACAUUAUUUUCCGGACAGACUGAUACCAUACUGUAGUUGGUUUUUGAUGUCCUUUAAUUUUACGACACCAUAAUAUCUUCUUUUAUCUAUUAUUGCCGCAAAUCAGGCCUCUUCUGCUAGAAUUGUAUGAUCAAUCUUGUUGUUUCCCCUCAGAACAUCCACAAAUCCCCGAGUUCCACUGUGCUUCUCCACUUUAGCCGUAUUAUAACCUCGAAACUGGCCGCUUAACUCUAUUCUUGAGGGGAUUUUCGUCCAAAAAACUUGUACAUUUUGUGGUUCAUCAGCGCGAAAAAAGUUUCAAUCCGCCAUUUGCGUUAUUGUCACGUGGAAAAGGGAUUGCCGGACGCUUUACGGUCUAAAGCAUCCGGCUUGAUUAAUCCUACAAUGGGCAAUCAAAAUGAGUGUGUAGGAUGGGUUAAGCAGAUUGCUUCGAUCGUCUUAUCGUCGCGUUUUUUUCGAGGAUACGUGCCGAGAAAGGAAUGCGGCAUAAUCGAGCAGUUUCAAGAGGCUAGAGAGGAUAAAUGGACGAUAAAUGUGGUUGAGGAAGACAGGAUUUUCAGCGGAUAUUGAGGUGAAAAGAAGAUAAGGAGAGCUUAAAAACUGAUUUGCAAGGAAAACGGCAAAUUUACGGGGAAAGUUCUCUAAGUGCGACGCUCAAAUUUUGGUGAAAAUUGGCACAAUUUUAGAUAAUUUUUUCGAAGACAAGACACUUGCACUUUGCAGAAAUUACCAAGAUUUUUAGGCCGCAGUUGAGCAAAAUUCGGCAAAAAUGUAACCAUAUUCUUGGCGAAUUUUGACAUGUAAAGUUUCGUACUUGGUUGUAGCCGAGUAUAAUGUCUCCACAAAGAUAUACAUUUCUGAACGCAAAACAGUAAAAGGUGUAACCAUAGCGUUGAAUAUAGCGGCUGCCCCUGCAAAGCGCGGGCUAAAACCUUCGGGAAUUGAUACGAGGCGCGGUAACGUCGGCUCAGCUAACAAAACCAGAAAUUUACAUGUUUAGCCUUCUUGUAUGACAUAACCGAUAUUUGCUGCUCGCGGUUUGCAAAGACAGCAGAGAUUUUUUUGAUCAAAAUUUGACGAAAACACUAUAGUUUUUUUUUUCGAAAUAUCACUCUGUCGGAAAAAUAAUGAGCACAAUGUUGCUGCGCCGAAUGCGUUGUUGGAGUGAAAAACAGUUUGAUUUUCCAUGAUACAACUCAUUUCGUCGUUGGCAAUGUGAUUUUCGAUGCGACAGAGUGCUCAUUAUUUUCCGGACAGUUUGAUAUUAGGAGACAGUGUCAUAGAUUUGGACCGAUUUUGCUGACUUUAGUUUACCACCGUACCAAAUAUUUUUUUCAGACAACCUGCAGCCCAGUUGAGGGAUGUCCGAGAGAGGACAUUCUCUCUCGAUCGCUCGGCCUUCGUCGAAGAAAGCGGAACUUGACUCUGGAGCAGAUCAGAGCAGCAUUGGCCGCCAACCCACUGCUCCAACAACAAUUGGCUUUGAGCAGUCAAAACACGGCAAUGAGUAAUAGUAAGUUGAGAUUUCAGUUUUUGAAAAAAAUCGUUUGUUUACAAGAGAUGUAUCUCCAAGAACGGCACUCAGAUUUUCUUUAAAUUUUGUGUACUUUUUAUGCAUAUACCACAUAUCAAAGACUGAAAAUUUUAGCCCUCACUUUGCAGUGGCAGCCGAGAUAUUCAAAAAUCUUUGCGGCCGAGAGAGUAGGCGAAACGCGGAGAGUGGGGAAAAAACUUUUUGGCCAUAUCGUUGCCAGUUUCAUGCGGAAAAAAUCGAUUUUUUGUGGAUACACUACCCUCUACGGUAGAAAUAAGCUUGAAGCUUUUAUUUUUUAAAGGACGCAUCCCAUAGACGCCAAGUUUGCGCUUUGCAUAAACCAUCGAGAUUUUUAUGUGAGAAGUUCAGAAAAAAUGGCACAUUUUUGCUAAUUUAACCUUAAAUUCGGCUUGCAGUGGACUUUUAGCUCGCGUUUUAAAGAAAAACCCGAGAUUUUUUGGCCGAAAGGUGAUGAAAAACCGAAAUUUUUUUAGCGGAUUUUGGCAUGACAAAGUCUUUUGUGUAUUUCUACCGUAGAGAGUAAUGUUUCCACAAAAAAUCAAUUUUUGCCGCAAAAAACUGGAAAAGAUAUAGCCAAAAAGUGUUUUUCUCUCUGACCGCUCUCCGCGUUUGGCGUACUCUUUCGACCGCAAAAAAAUUUUUUUUCUUGAAAUGUUGCAAUGCACAAGUUACAGUGACGGACCUGAUCCAGUGGCAAAAAAUGUACCAUUUUGCAUCGGGGAAUUAUCUGAAAAUGCAGCAAAACACCUCCUUCAUGAGUGGAGAGGGAAGCAUUUUGCCACAUUUUUGAUGCUUCCCGGAUGCAAAAUGGUACGUUUUUUUCCACUGAAUCAGGUCCGUCACUGUAACUUGUGCCUUGCAACAUUUCCAGAAAAAAAAAUUUUUUUUGCGGCCAAGAGAGUACGAAAAACCCAAAGAGCGGUCAGAGAGAAAAACACUUUUUGGCUAUGUCUUUUCCAGUUUUGUGCGGCAAAAAUUGAUUUUUUGUGGAAACAUUACUCUCUACGGAAUACACAAAAGACUUUGUCAUGCCAAAAUUCGCUAAAAAAAUUUCGAUUUUUCAUCAACUUUCGGCCAAAAAAUCUCGGUUUUUUCUUUAAAACGUGAGCUAAAAGUCUUGCAUAUGUCUUAGAAAAAAAAAAUUCUAAAUUUGUCCCAAAUUUCAUCAAAAUCUGAGCGUCCCAAUUCACGCACUUCCUUCUUCUUUUGACUUUUCAUUAAAAUUUCCGUGCCGAUACUUGAACCCUUAAUUUUUCUUCUGUUUAUGACUUUGGUGAUAUGUUUUUGAACCUAUUAGUCAGAUGCUGAGCGGCUUGCCGUACGGUUUGUAAAUUUAAGCCGGUUUGUAUUGGAGAUCGGAAAACCAAUUUCCUAAAAUUUUUCGGAUGUUUUUCUUCUUUUCGAAUUUACAACGGGCUCUAAGUGCGGCGCUCGGAAUUCCGUCGGAUUUUGCACACACGUCGGGCAUGGCUCACAUACCAAUUCUCGGAAGCGAAAAACAAAAUCUGGGAAAAUGAAAAUACCAAACAGAUUUGUCGUAAUUAGCAUUUUCAUAAAGUGCAUGGACUUUAAGCGAAUUACAGAAUUUUUUCAAAUUUUGAACACACUUUGGGCACAGGCUGCAUAUCAAUUCCUGAAAGUUUUAGCUUUCUCUUUGCAGGCACAGCCGAGAUAUUGAAUGAUCUUUGCGGCCGAGAGAGUACGCGAAAAGAAGAGAGCGGUCAGAGAAAAGAACACCUUUUUGGCCGUACCUUUGCCAGUUUGUGGCGUAAAAUUUUGAUUUUUUGUGGAGAUAUUACUCUCAACGGUAGAAAUUGAUAUGAAAAUUCUCAUGCUAAAAAAUCGCAAAAAAACUUUCACAUUUUUUCCAACUUUCGACCUAAAAAUCACUGUCGUUUCCGCAAAACGCAAGCUAGAAAUGUCACAAAAGUCUUGGAAAAAAAUAUUCAUAAUUUUUGCCAAUUCUCAUCAAAAUAUGAGCAUCGCACUUGGAGCGUAUGCCAGGAAAAUAAUGAGCACAUUGGGUCGCUGAAGUGAAAAGAAAUUUGAUUUUGCCGCGACACAAUUCAUUUUCUCGGCGGCGAUUUGAUUUUGGAUGCGACAGAGUGCUCAUUAUUUUCCCGACAGACUGAAAUAGGCCAAAAGGAGCCUCUGAACAACGAAACUUUUCUAUAACGAAUAUUUUUUUUUGUUCAUUUGCCAUGCGUUGUAUAGAGUUUAGACUACAGUGGGGGACCUGAUCCAAUUUCAAAAAACGUACCAUUUUGCAUCCGGGAAGUAUCAAAAAUGUGGCAAAAUGCUUCCAUCUCCAAGUGAAAAAACUUCGUUUUGUAGGGUACGCCCUUUCCCUCACGCUUUUUAAACCGGAGUUUUUCAGUGCGAGAGGGAGGCAUUUUGCCACAUUUUUUGAUAUAUGUACUUGCUGGAUGCAAAAUGGUACGUUUUUUGCCACUGGAUCAGGUCGCUGUAGAAACUGUAGAAACCGUUAAAGCCAAUAUAUUCAUCCAAAAAUUAAGUGUUAUAUUUGAAUUGUAUUACUUAAUAUCCAUAUUAAAAAUGAUUUUCAGCCCUUCAUCAACAACUCCUUGCCAUUGGCGGAGACCAUAUCGUGCGCAAAAAGCUGAUCGUCCUCAACUCGGAGGAGGAGCUGGAGUACUACGUGAAGACCGGAGAGCUCCCGGAACACCACGGAAAGUAA